AGGGAGAAACUGCGUGACUAGCCGUUGUUUGGGAGUGCGGCGCCCGGAAGAGAGCCGCGGCAGCGCAUGCGCGUGGUUGCCGAAUCCGCAGCAAGAUGCCUGUUAAAGUCUAGGGCGGCCCGGCCGCGCUUUACUGCGCUUGCGCGGCCGGCCUCCCAUCCCAAGAUGGCGGCGGCCAUGCCUGACGGUUCUGAGGGGCUGAGUGCGCUGGGAAGAGGGGCCGGCUGUGGGAGCACCGGGAGCACCUUCAGCCGCUAGCCGCCGGGGCCGAGGCCGCGGCCCUUCACACGGGGGCAGAGGAGGGCGUGCUGCGUGAGGCGGGCGCGGCCUUGCCGACGUGAGAGCGAAGGCGGCCCGCGGAGGCCCAGGGAGGGGGUUUGGGGCCACGGUCGAGGCAUGGAGAGUUCCGGGCCCGUCGCGGGAGGGGGCAGCAACGUGCCCGCCUUCCUCACCAAACUGUGGACCCUGGUGGAGGACCCUGACACCGACCCGCUCAUCUGCUGGAGCCCGAGUGGAAACAGCUUCCAUGUUUUUGACCAAGGCCAGUUUGCCAAGGAAGUCCUUCCCAAAUACUUCAAACACAACAACAUGGCCAGCUUUGUACGGCAGCUGAACAUGUAUGGCUUUCGGAAAGUGAUUCACAUUGAGCAGGGUGGCCUGGUAAAGCCUGAGAAGGACGACACUGAAUUCCAGCACCCCUACUUCCUCCGCGGCCAGGAGCAUCUCCUGGAGAACAUCAAGAGGAAAGUAACUAACGUAUCCGGCAUAAAGAACGAAGAUAUCAAGGUUCGCCAGGACAGCGUGGCCAAGCUGUUGACUGACGUCCAGAUGAUGAAGGGCAAGCAGGAGAACAUGGACUCCAAGCUGAUAGCCAUGAAGCAUGAGAAUGAGGCGCUGUGGCGGGAGGUGGCCAGUUUGCGGCAGAAGCACACCCAGCAGCAGAAGGUUGUGAACAAGCUUAUCCAAUUCUUGAUUUCGUUGGUGCAGUCCAACCGCAUUCUCGGGGUGAAGAGGAAGAUCCCCUUGAUGUUGAAUGAUGGCAGUUCUGCCCACCCCAUGCCCAAGUAUAGCCGACAGUACUCUUUGGAGCACAUCCACGGCCCGUCCCCUUACCCCGCCUCCUCCCCAGCAUACAGCGGCUCGAACCUGUACUCCCCCGACUCCUCUGCCAACUCCGGCCCUAUUAUCUCAGAUGUGACAGAACUGGCCCAGUCCAGCCCCUCAGCCUCCCCCAGCAGCAGCCUCGACGGAAGGUGCAGCCCUGUGGUCCGAAUCAAAGAGGAGCCCCCCAGCCCAUCUCGUAGCCCACUGAUUGAGGAAGCCAGCCCCAUCAGCACUCCUGCUGUCGAAAGCCCCCUCUCUCCCUCCACCUUCAUCGACUCCAUCUUGCAGGAGGGUGAGCCCAGAAGCAGCAGAGCCGCGCCCUCUUCCGCCAGCAGCAGCACCACCACCGCUAUGCAGGCCCAGCCCCCCGAAAAGUGCCUCAGCGUUGCCUGCCUUGACAAUUUGGCUCGUACACCGCAGAUGUCUGAAGUCACCUGCCUUUUCCCCAGCCCUUCCUCUUCCUCACUGCACUGCAGACCACCGCAAGGAAAUGAGUUGAAUGAGCACUUGGACACUAUCGAUUCCAGCCUGGAUAACCUCCAGGCCAUGCUUAGCACCCACGGCUUCAGCGUGGACACGAGCGCCUUGCUGGACCUCUUUAGUCCUUCCAUGACUGUGGCGGAUAUGAACUUGCCGGACCUGGACAGCACCUUGGCCAGCAUCCAAGACCUCCUGUCCUCCCAGGAGCAACAGAAGCCGGCAGAGGCAGAAGACUCGUCAGCAGACACAGGCAAGCAGUUAGUGCACUACACAGCCCAGCCCCUCUUCCUGGUGGACUCGAGCUCUGUGGAUGUGGGCAGCGCAGAUAUGCCCAUUUUCUUCGAGCUGGGCGAAGGGCCCUGCUUCGCGGAGGGGAACGAGUACUUGGAGGACCCCGCCAUUUCUCUCCUGUCCGGGACGGAACCUCCCAAACCCAAGGACCCUGCUGCCUCCGAAAGCUGAGCCUGGGCGGAGUGGAAGGAAGACCAGACCGACUGCCGCCUUGCUUGGCUCCAGCAUUGCCGCCAGCUCCCUGCCCUCUUGGGCUCCCUGGGAUAGGAGCGUGUGUGCGCGCGUGUGUGAACACUUCAAGGUGUCUGGCCCCCACCCCACCCCCAGAUGGCCUCUGGAGCAGGCACCGUGGCUUUGAGGAAUGGCGGGGGUGCCAGGCUGUCUGCAGCAGUGGAAGCAGCGUGUUCCUUGCUUGCCAGCUGGGGGUCUCCAGUGCCCUUGGCCUGGGGCAUUAGCCGCCCACGCUGUGCCCUGCCCAGCCCUCUCGGCAGGAAGGAGAGUGAAGAGUGGUCACUUGAGAGGGGGAGGGGGAGGACGCUCCCUCCCUCCCACCAGGAUGGACUUGCUGGUUUUUCGAGAGAAAUACAAAUGCUCUCUCCCCCUGCUGCCCCAUGCAGACACAUGCGCGCGCACAGUCAGGGGCUCAAGGGCUGGGCCCCUUUUUCGCCUCGGCUGCCACGCGUGUUCCCAGAUGUUACGGGGCACCAGUGUGAGAAGCUCCCCACCCCACCCCCGGACACUCCCUUCCCCUCCCCCACUCCUCCCCCUCGGCUUAUAGUAAAGAAUUUGUACAUUUGCAUUCUGAUUGUUACUAGAAGAAAAUUGUAUUUUGGAUUUUUACACGAGAGAAGAGGCCCCUCCACCCCCCCCAACCUUCCUCUCUCCUGCGAUAUAAAUAUCUAUAUAUAUACGUUCAAA